CUGAGUCCAGGGCCUCUCCAGGACAGAUUCAGGCAGAGCAAGCUCCAGGUUUCACCACAAUGCCCAUCCCUGCCUCCCCACUCCACUCACCUCUGCCUUCCUUACUGCUGUCCCUGCUGCUCAAACUGGCAGGUGAGUGGGAGUGGUGAGUUCCAGCAGUAACUCAGAGGUGCUUGCAGCCACGUCUUAACUUCUGACGGAAUCACAACAUAGGUGAUGUUUGCCCCCGAAUGCCCAGUAUCUCCUGGGCCAAAACAAAGGGUUCCUCAGGAGCCACAUGUGUGUUCCAUGUGCAACAAGCUGAGCUAUCACGGACUGCAUUAACUGGGGAGUCAAUCGCCUUGAGUUGCAGCGUACCAGACACCUUACCAGAUGGACCUGUCUUGUGGUUCAAGGGAACAGGGCCAGACCGGAAAUUAAUCUACAAUUUCAAACAAGAUGCUGACACCUAUUACUGCAUGAAGUUCAUAAAAGGGAAACCUAUCAAGGAGUACCAAUCAGGUCAGGGCACUCAGGUGUUUGUUACUGCUCCACCCUCUCUCCCUAUGGUAAUAGGCCCCUUGGAAAGGGCCUUGCUCAGACAGACUGUGAAUUUUAGCUGCAUAUCCUAUGGCUUCUAUCCCAAAAAUAUCACCCUGAAGUGGUUCAAAAAUAAGAAGAAACUUUCAUCCCUCCAGACCCAUGUGAUUCGGUUAAAGAACAGCAAUGCCUACAAAAUUGUCAGUACCACGGAGGUAGUCCUAGCUCUGAAUGACCUAAACUCUCAUAUCACAUGCAGUGUGUACCACCGAAGUUUGCAUUACCCUCUUCGUGGGAAGGCUGAUUUGUCUGAGACCAUAAUAGUUUCACCCAAGAUGUCCGUUCUUCAAUACCCUGCCUCAAAUAACAAGAUGAAUGUCAUCUGCCAGGCAGAGAAGUUCUAUCCCCAGGACAUGGAACUGACCUGGCUGAAAGAUGGAAGUGUCUCCCAGAUAAGUGAGACCCUGACCCCCACCAAGGGCAAAGAUGGGCUGUACAGCAUGCAGAGCUCCAUCCUGGUGAAAAACACUGACCAUGAAGGGGACACUAUCCUCACCUGCCAGGUGGAACAAGAUGGCUGGCAGAAGAUCACUGCAAAAAUGACAUCUUGGGGCUCUCCUCACCUGAACAGUUCUCAGAUGUAGCCAAUAGCAAGGCCUCCAUAACCUAAGGGGGAUCCUUCAUCUUUUCAUAAAAUGUUCU